AAUCCUUAACUGUGACUGAUAAGACACAAACAUUUAUGGAAAUGUGCUAAAUUAAAUCCCUACUUGCCACAGUAUAGUAUAUUAGAUUGUCAACAAGGAGGGUAACAGAAUGUGUUUAUGAUUUGAAUGAAAAUUUAAAGUCAGGCGAAUAAAGUGGUACAAAAUAUUUUUAGACCAGUGAGUAAUCAUUUUAGGUGGAAUUUUUAAUAAAUAUGAGCGCUACAAAAUAUAGUACAUUAAAUAAAGACACUGCUAAUGAAAAUAACAGUAUUGCUGAUGAAAAGGCAGAUUCAGUUGCAGGCGAAGAAGAUGAUAUUGUUAAAAAAAUCAACGAUACGAUUGAAAAUGCAAGAUCUGUAUUGCGUUUUAAUGUUUAUGCUAUAGCAGGAGGAUUUAUUUCUUUAACUUAUGGAGCCUAUUUAUUUGGGCAUUCUGGGUUUGGGGCUACUUCAAUGGCAUGCAUUGGCUUAGGAGUUGCUGUUUCAGCCUGGAUGAUGAGAAGUAAUUAUUUGAUAGAGCGAGAUGUAGGACUGUCGAUCGACCGAUCGGUAGCUGUGAACGAAAAAGCCUGCAUAUUAGCCAGACUUACUGAUCUACCAUCUUGGGUGUUUUUCCCAGAAACUGAGAGAGCUGAAUGGUUAAACAAGAUUUUAAAACAAUUUUGGCCAUAUGUUGGAACAUAUGUGAAAGAAAUGCUGAAGGAAACUAUGGAGCCUAGUAUCAGACAGAGCCUACCAUCUUAUUUGCAAAGCUUCCGAUUUGAAAAAAUUAUUCUUGGUGAUAUGCCACCUAGAAUUGGUGGAGUAAAGGUCUAUCAAGAAAAUGUGUCACGGAAUGAAAUAAUAAUGGAUUUGGAGAUUCGUUACUCAGGUGAUUGCAAUAUUCAAGUUGGUGUUAAAAAGUUUAAAGCUGGAAUAAAAGAUCUGCAGAUUUAUGGAACUAUGAGAGUUGUUAUGAAGCCAUUAGUUAAAAUUAUUCCUCUAGUUGGGGGCGUUACUGUUUUUUUCUUGAAUAGACCAAGAAUUGAUUUCAACUUAACAAAUGUUGCCAAUGUAUUGGACAUGCCUGGAUUGGGGGAUAUUUUGCGUAAAGCAGUAUCUGAACAAGUUGCUGCAAUGAUGGUGUUGCCCAACAAGUUUCCCGUUCAAUUGAUACAAGAUAUUCCUUUGAAAUCUCUUAAAUUUUCGCCACCUGCAGGUGUUCUUCGUUUGCAUAUCGCAGAAGCACGUGAUUUAGUGAAAGCAGAUGUUGGUGUUUUAGGCAUGGGGAAAUCUGAUCCAUAUUGCAUAAUAUCAGUUGGAAUACAGGAAUUCAGAACGCCUGUUAUCAAAAAUACUAUUUCUCCUAAGUGGAACUUCUUUUGUGAACCGAUAAUUGACCAGUUUGUGGGACAAAACAUUGAUAUUGAGGUAAUGGAUGAAGAUCAGAGCAGUAAGGACGACUUUCUUGGAAGAGUUUCUAUUGAUAUUUCUAAACUUGUCAAGAAAAGAGACAUAAAUGCAUGGCUUCAGUUAGAAGAUACAAAAUCUGGAUCUUUACAUAUUCAGUCUACUUGGCUGACUUUAAGUGAAAACCCUGAAGAUUUAUCUACUCAAUUGCUUGAUAUCCGAAGCAUCAAUUCAAGAUCAACUUUAUAUUCUGCUGUACUACUAGUCUUUCUUGACAGUGCAAAGCAUUUGCCGAAUGUCAAUCGAGGAGCUGAAGAACCAAGUGCACAGGUUCAUUUUACUGUGACUGGUUUUAAAGAAUCAAGUGCGAUCCGUCCUCAUACCAAUGACCCAAUUUGGGAAGAAACAUUUAGAUUCCUUCUUCACAAUCCAGAAAUUCAAGAUCUUACUGUAGAAGUUACUGAUACAAAAUCCAACAAGCCCAUUGGGAUGACAAGAGUGCAUUUGUGUCGACUUUUAAGAGAAAAGGAACUGCAGUUGGAAGAACCCUUUCAGUUACUUGGUGCUGGACCAAAUUCUAAAAUCUUGAUGACACUUCAGCUUAGAAUAUUAGUUCCAACUUCUGGAAAAACAAGUUUUUUGAAGAAAGAAGAAUAUUCCAAAAAAGAUAAAAGUCCCGAUGAGAAAGACAAUAAAUCUUCAAUCGAUUUGCCGGAUUUACCUGAUGUUACUCCUAGUGCUCGCCCCUUAAGUCCUUCUACUCCAACAAUUCAAGAUAUGAUUCAUACAACCCUUGUUCCUGCUGUUGACAAUGUAGAACUACCUGUUGAAAAAUCUCAGACUACUCUAUUGUCGUCACCUCCUGACAAUUCUGAUUCGACAUCUCAAAGAUCAUCGCCAAUUAAAACACCUUCACCUGUAAAAAAGAAAUCUUCACCUCCAAGUAUUAGUGGGGACAGCAUAAAAAGUAACCGAAGCAUCAGAAGUAACUCUGGUAUUACUAAGAUACAGCUAACUAUAAGAUACAGCAUUCCUAGAAACAAACUUGUUGUUGUUGUUCACAAAGCUAAAAACUUGCCUCAUAAAGAGGGAGAAGAUAAACCUGAUCCAUAUGUUAAAAUUUAUAUGACACCUGAUCGUAAUAAAGAAACAAAACAGAAAACUCAAGUUAUUAAGAACACGUGCAAUCCUAUUUUUGAUGAAUCACUUGAAUUUGAUGUUAACAUGUCAGAAGUUGCAAAUUAUUCCUUGGAGGUUACAGUUAUUUCAAAAAGUGGAUCCAUGUUCCCAAGAGGAAAAAUUCUUGGCAAAACUGUUAUUGAUUUGUCCCAGCAAGAUCUUAGCAAGGCAGCUACUGAAUGGUAUGAUCUUGAUGCCUCAGAUUAGUUGGCUGGCGAUGGACAUUUGCUGAUAUAGACAAUGUGAAAUUAAUCUUUUUUAUGAAUGACUUAGCACACUAUCUUGUUUUUUAGACUAAAGCCAUUGUACUAAUUUAUUUUUUGGACCAAUCUCAAAAGCUCACUGUUUCACUUUUUAAAAUUUUUUUUCUUCAAAAAUUUGUUUCAAUGCUUUUGUAACCUUUAAAAAAAUGUAUCAAUGGUUCUGUUAUUAUAAACACAUUUAAAAAUGAAGUUCAAGAUUUUUAAGUUUUAAGAAAUACGUUCUAUUUAAAAUUUAAUGGAAUGUAUUGUGGUGAAGUGAUUGAAUAUGUAAGCUUUUGAACCUGGUCCUCAGAUUGUUAAGUUUGUGUAAAUAAUGUUUUCCCUAACAUCCUUUGCAAGUGUGUUUUAUACCAGGGAUCUACGCCUGUUUUUAAGUUUUAUGAGCUUUCUUAUUUUUAAUUUUUCCCUUUGAAAAAUGCAUGCUUAGGUAUUUUUAAUAUUAAUGUAGUGCCAUAUGUAGAUAGAAAUUUCAGUCCCUCAUGAAAUUUUUUCUAUGAACUAUGCAUAUAAUUUGCUGUUUCGGCAAACUUAAAGGAAAUAAUUUAUAUUAAUUUUUUUUAACUAGAAUUACUUCAUUAAUUUGUGUAAUUUUUACAAUGUCAAAUUAUUCAUACUCUUUAUGAGAAAUAUAUAUUUAUUAAAGUAUAUUUUAAAUAUUAUAGUCGGAUGCAGCAAUGUUUCUUAAGUUUUAUUCAAUUUUUAAAAUUGAUUUUUUAUUAAAAUGAUUUAUGGUUAUUUCAAAAUUAAUCUAGUAUUUUAAAAUUUCUCUUUAUUCAAUUUUUUUUAGAAAAAGCUGAUAAAUGUGAUUGAAAUUGAAAAAUAACAAUUAGAAUAUAUAUAGCUUCAUUUUUAUAAAACCAAAGACAGAAAAUUAAGAGGGCAUUUUUCUUAUAUUUUAUGUGUCUGCGUAGGAUGUAAACAUUCUCUUUCAAAGUUUAUGUGUAAUUUGGAUUGGAAAGUUAAGUAACUAUUUAUGUGUAUUUUUUAGAUGAUAGUUUUCUUUCUGCACGAACCACAAUAAUUCACAUCUAGUCAAGAAUAGAAUAAGAAUGUCUAUUUCUGAAUGUAUUGUGUUUUUUGAUGUAAAAUUAGAGACAAUUAAGGAGAUAGAAAAAUUACUGUAUAGUACAAUAAGGUUGACUUUAUUCUUCCUUGAGAGCUCAUUUAAAAGUUUGAUUGCACAAUCAUUGACAUUACUUUUUAAACAGGUUUUUAUUAUACUUUAAUUGAAAUUUGACGAACAUUUUCUGUAUUAUUGUAUAUAGAUAGUUUAAAUGAAAUUACAAACUGAACGCACUAUUUUCAUUUACAGUGUGUAAAUCACAUGAUAAUCUUUGAAAACUGUAUUUUAUUGGGUACUGUUUGUGAAGUUAACUUCUUACGUUUUUAUAUAUUAUGUGUUCUUUUUACCUUAGUUUUUAUUCUACUUCAGAUACACAUGUUUUUAUGCCGCAACUAUUUUUAAAACAAUUUAUUUUUUAUUUUUGUAUUAGAUAGCUUGGUGAUGUUAUAAUUUGAAAAUAGCAUUUAACAGUAAACAUGUUGUUCAAGUUAUAUAAUGCUUAAAACUUUGUAUGCAUCAGUGUGCAUUUAAAUGCUUAUUAAUCCAGCAAAUUUUCUGCUGUAUAAACUGUGAUGUUCUCAAUCAUAAACCUCUUAGACAUUUAAAAGCAGAAGUGUCUUGAUUGUUAAAUAAAAGAAUGUAUUGACAUUAUUUAGUGUUUAUCAUACACUAUGUUUAAAUUUGUUUCUCGGAGUGUAACUUGAAUUUACUGGACUUGAAUUUAAAAUUAAUAUUUAUAGAUGAACGGUGAAUGAACGGUGAUUUAUAAAUGAAAGGUUUUUUUAUUGAAGUAAAUUAAUAAGCUAUUCGCUGAAAGUACAAAAAUCAGUAAUAAUUAUUGUACUUUUUCAAUGGUUUCAUAUUGUUGCGAGAGUACUUGAAGCGUGUAGAAUUGGUUUUCAGUUCUAGUAAACAAUGGCAGUUGAAAAUGAAGCAGCUUUUUUUAAAAAAAUAACUUGUAGAAAUUUCUGGGAAAAGUAAAAUGAUUGUGAAAUCUUCCCGAAGGAAUUUGAUUUGCCAUCUUAAAUAUUGGAUGUCGUAUUCCCAUUGUUGACGAAUCAUGUUGUUACUUUUUAAGAAUGAUACUACAUCUAUAUAUGCUUAUUUUUAAACAAAGAAAAGGUCGAAUUGUGCAGGCCUAUAAUUUUUUUCUGCGAUGUGCAUAGAUGUAAAAUAAAGAGCUUAAUAGAAAAUAGAUGUCAAUAUAUCAUCUUAAAUAUUGUUUCCACUGUUAACUGUUAUAGCUUUCAUAUAUUGAGUUUAUAACAGGUAGUUUGAAUUUGAAAUUGUUAAUUAAAUGAGUUCAAUCUUGUCAACAUUAUUGAGAGCGUUGAUAGUGUGAAAAUACUUAUAUAUUUUGUUUGUGAUAAUCUUAAUUAAUUUGAAAUGUGAGAUUAAAUUAUCUUAAAUGUUCUUUCUAUGUAAAAGCUUAAAAUAUGCAUAAAGUUACGCUUAAAAAUAUUUUUUGUUACAUAGAAAUAAUAUAUAUAUAUAUUUAUGUGUGUUAUGUAUAUUUUUUCAAGUAUUAAGGCUCAUUUAUUUCAAAGUUAUUUGCUUGAGUUUUUAUGUUUUUAAGAAGUUUGCUAUCUCAUUUUUUAAAACUAAGAUUUUGCCUCAAAAAUAUUUCAUUCUUUUUUGUCAAAGUAUAUUGCAUUUAAUUUCAUUUUUUUUUGUUAUAAAAUUUGUAUUGUGUUUGUCAGUGAAAAAGGAAACAAUUUUAUCUUAAAAAGCGAUGAAAUUCAGUCAAGUACGUCGGAAAAACUACAACACAAUAGUAACAAGCACCCAUAUCUGUUUAUGUUCUGUAAUUGCAAGCUUUAAUUAUUGUUGUACUAUUUCUGUAUGAAACUGCUUUCAACAUUAAUGAAUUAUUUCUUUAGAUUCUUGUUUAUGAAUGACUUUUAUUAAAGAAUGAAAUGCACUUAAAAGUUUUUUUCCCCCCAUCACAAAGUUAUAUGAUGGAUUGCAACUGGAUAUACCUUUUGUCUUUUUGGAAAUGAAAUAUAUCUGAUGUAAUCCAGAUUUAAAAAAUAUUUUGUUAUUAUAAUUGAAUUUAAAAUGUCAUUUUGUGUUUGAAAGUCUAUUACAUACAGAUAAAAUCUAGUAAUCUAUUUGGGAUUGUAUGAAAAAAAAUUACCAUUAUUACCCUUUUUGUACCAUUUUAAUCAAAUUACUUAAUUUGAAUUAAAUUUAACGCUACCUUUGCUUUUGUUUGUGAU